GUCCAUAUCUUGAGCACUCGCUUUCACCAUGGGUAAUGCACCAUCCGGCAUGCCUCCGGGCGCGGGAGGACAGGGACAGGGCGACAAGGACAAGAAAGACAAGGGACCACAGAAGAAGAAAUGGGAGCCACCGCUGCCCACCAGUGUCGGCAAGCGCAAGAAGAAAAAGGGCCCCGCCACAGCUUCCAAGCUACCCCCGAUCACGCCCACCACGCGCUGCCGCCUGCGUCUCCUCAAGAUGGACCGUAUCAAGGACUACCUCCUUCUCGAGGAAGAGUUCAUUCAGAACCAGGAGCGGCUCAAGCCCGAGUCGUCGCGCGAGGAGAAGAACGAGGAGGAUCGCACGCGUGUGGACGGCCUGCGGGGCUCGCCGAUGGUGGUGGGCACGCUUGAGGAGAUCGUGGACGACGACCAUGCAAUUAUCAGUACGGCUACCGGUCCUGAGUCGUAUGUCGCCAUCAUGAGCUUCGUCGACAAGGAUCGCUUGGAACCUGGGUGCUCUGUGCUGCUACAUCACAAGAGCUAUGCUGUUAUUGGAGUGUUGGAGGAUGACGCGGACCCGUUAGUCAGCGUUAUGAAGCUCGACAAGGCGCCGUCGGAGAGUUAUGCGGACGUUGGUGGUCUGGAAAACCAAAUCCAGGAAAUCAAGGAAUCCGUCGAACUUCCUCUCACCCAUCCCGAGCUGUACGAGGAAAUGGGUAUCAAGCCGCCAAAAGGUGUUAUCCUGUAUGGUGUGCCUGGUACCGGCAAGACCCUGCUCGCCAAGGCUGUUGCAAACCAAACAUCUGCUACUUUCCUCCGUGUCGUCGGCUCGGAGCUGAUUCAGAAAUACCUUGGAGACGGACCUAAGCUAGUCCGAGAGAUGUUCCGCGUUGCCGAAGAACAUGCUCCUAGUAUAGUGUUCAUCGAUGAGAUUGACGCCAUCGGUACCAAGCGGUAUGACUCCACGUCUGGCGGUGAACGUGAAAUCCAGCGAACGAUGUUGGAGCUUCUCAACCAGCUGGAUGGUUUCGACACCCGUGGAGACGUCAAGGUCAUCAUGGCCACGAACAAGAUCGAGUCACUAGAUCCCGCUCUCAUUCGGCCAGGUCGUAUCGACCGGAAGAUCGAGUUCCCGCUACCGGACGUGAAGACGAAGCGGCAUAUUUUCCGCCUUCAUACCUCGCGCAUGAGCCUGAGCGAAGAUGUCGACCUCGAAGAGUUCGUCAUGGCAAAGGAUGAUCUCUCGGGUGCGGACAUCAAAGCGGUGUGCACGGAGGCGGGUCUACUAGCGCUUCGCGAGCGGCGGAUGCGGGUAACAAAGACAGACUUCACGGCCGCAAGAGAGAAGGUUCUGUACCGGAAGAACGAGGGUACGCCGGAGGGCUUGUACCUGUAGAUUUGUUCCAUUGUUUCGUUUUAUUGUAUCCCUAUACUAUGCAUAAUGCUUCAGAGCAGUCAAAUGCUGUGGUCG